AUGAAUAAUAUAAUCAAGGGAUUCAGGACGGUCCAGGCGGCCGCCGCUGGUCAAUCAUUCUUGGCCAAUAUCACAAGCAGGUUUCAUGUCAGUUCGAACAAGUCAUUGUUAUUCUCAAGGGAUGAUCUAAAGAACCCUUCAUCACCAUCAUCGGCCACAGCAUCAUCAGCAGCCACAACAGCAGGUGCUCAACUACCACCAAUCAAGAAGUUACAACAAUCACCAUUCUCUCCACUAUCAGAGCCUCAUCCUAGAUUAGCAGAAUUCGUUCAACAAGCUGCUAAUAACAUUGUUAACAACCCAACAUCAACAUCAACUACAACAUCAACUACAACAUCAACAUCAACUACAUCACAGACACAAACAACAACACAGUCAUCAUUAAACUUUAAUAGAGCAGAUACUACUACAUUACCAAAUGGUAUACGUGUCAUCUCACAACAGACCAAUGAGAACGCCUGCGCAGUUGGUCUCUACAUUCGUUGCGGCACAAAGUACGAGACGCCCGACAAUCGAGGUGUCUUCAAUCUUCUCGAGAAGAUGACAUUCAAGGGUACAAAGAAUGAAUCAACAGCAGACAUUGUACAAAAGUAUGAGACAGUGUCUAAUAAUGCAAUGGCAUCGUCAUCAAAGGAUAUUAUGCAGAUAUCAGUUGAGGUAUUGCGAAAGGAUGUUGAGUAUAUAAUGCGAUCGUUUGCCGAUCAGAUCACUUGUCCACUAUUCCAACAGGAAGAGUUUGAUGAGAAGAAGAUGGACGCAAUGCGUAGUUUUGACAUGUUGUUGUCAUCGCCCGACGCCUUCCUGCCCGAGAUCCUGCAUCAGACAGCCUAUGGCGACAAGGAUCUUGGCCACACGACAUUCGCCAAGCCCGAGGAGUACCAGCGCAUCACCACCGACACUCUGCGCCAGGCCAUGCAAAACUACUUCAUUGGCAAGAACAUCGUCGUUUCUGCCACGGGAAUCGAGCACAAGCAUCUGGUGGCCUACGUCGAGAAGUACUUUAGUCACAUCCCCUACGCCGCUCCCCUCCAAACACAGCAACAGCAACAGCAACCACUGGGCAACAGCGAUGUGCCACAAUACAUUGGCGGCACCAACUUUAUAAUGGCCGAGCCCAAGAGCGAGCAGGCCUACUAUCUGGCCUUCCCAUUCAAGGGUCUGCGAUCACUGAGCGAGAGCAAGGAGCUGCUGGCCGGCUUCGUCCUGCAGUCGCUGCUGGGCGGCGGCCGCGACUACUCAACGGGCGGUCCCGGCAAGGGCAUGCAGAGUCGACUCAAUCUCAACGUCGUGUACCGUCUGCAGCAGGUCAAGGUCUGUUCGGCGUUCUUCAACGUCUACUCCAACACCAGUCUGUUUGGCGUGCACGUGUCCACCGACGAGGGUUACCUGAUACACGCGCUCUACCUGGUGUUGGAGCAGCUGCUUGGUCUGCGCCGUCUCAUCACCGACGAGGAGGUAGAGCGCGCCAAGCGCCAACAAAAGAGUAUGAUUCUCAUGAAUCUCGAACUGCGCAAUGUGCUCUGCGACGACAUGGCCCGACAAUUGGUGUCCACUGGCAUCUGGCGCUCACCCGAAGAGAUCUGCAGUGGAAUGGAUGCACUGACCAAAGAUGACAUCCUGCGCUUCCUCGACAAUCUUUUGCUCACCAACCCUACCGUCGUUGGAUUCAUUGGCGACAAGGACAAGGCAUUGUCUAGUGAUGACAUCAAGAAGGUCAUCAGAUCAGGCAAGUUCAAGUAA